AACAAAUUACUGCACCAAACUAACCCCGGAUAUUUACUGAAAGCUUGAUUUAAAAGCCGCUACCACAAAAUGUCGAUUAUUAUCAGUUUUUCAACUUGAAAGGUCGAUUUACUUGUUUAUUUGUAGUUUAAAAGUCCUGCCACUAUUUAUCCCAUGUUAGUACUAAAUAUUAAGCUGCUAACCCGGAUUAUUUUCCCCCAUAUUUGGCGUUUUUACCUUCUUUUUAGAUGUAGAGAGAAGCUAUAUUACCCUGACUGGUAGCGGCGCUUUUUACAAAAUAUUUUUUGAUAUUAGAAUAAUAUGAAAUAGCACUGCAGAAAGCUGUUAUUUUGUAUUUUCACAAAGGUCGCCCUGACACGAGAUGACAUGAGUUCAGCUCGACUGUAAUAGCGGCGUGUAGCGGCGCCGCCGACAUAUCUCCUCUCUGCCGCUAGAUGGCGCACCGAGUCCAGCCUGUGGAGGAUUAGCGGCGUCUGCUGCAGUCUGCAUUUCUGCUAUAUUUUUCCAGUAAGGCGUCAAGUGCAAAUCAUGAGAUGGCAUUCAAAGGCAACGCGGUCGAUUCAAAGACCGUGCUGUUCAAUCUCUUGCUCUGUCUGCUCAUAUUUUAUUCUCUUUUCUACAUGAUCGGGAGCGUGUGUUUUGGUGCCUUCAGAUUAAAUCACUUUGAUGGUCUUAUUCCGUUUGACUUUAAGACUGAACCUGCUGAUUCUAACUCCAAAUAUCUAGUUAACCUCUUGUCCUUGGAGCUUACCUACUUUUGCAGUGGUCUAUUCUUUGCUGCAGUGGUUAAGAAGCAAGUAUGGGAUUAUGCCCUUACUGUCACACUCCUUCAUAUAAUAAUCACCAGUCUAGUAAUGUUGGAAGUUCCCAUGGUGUGGCAAUGGUGGUUGGCUUUGGGUAGUGGCCUGUUCCUGAUGAUUUGCAACGGUCAGCUGAUCUCUUACUUCAUGUGUCAGAAUGAUGAAAGCUAUGUGACCUUCAGCCUGUACUGAAACCAUAAAGGCAAUUCUGUUUAUAGUCUCUAAGCUGGCUUGUGAAGUGAGACAAAAAGGAUCGGAGCAGAUGCUCUUCUCCCCGAGAUGGCCAUUAAAUUCUCCACAGUGAUAGAUUUUCUCUGUUUGUCACUAAAAAAAGACACAACAUCAGACAUAAUGUCAAGGACGGCUGCAGUUUGUGUUUAAUGGUUUCCAGUAGAAUGGCAUCUUGUGGUGUGUUUGCUUGCAAUGCACUUCUUCUGUCACUAUGCAGUAUUAAGGUCUUUCAGCGUUUAGUAAGAUGUGAAUGUAUAGAUGAAUAUUUUUCUUUACACUGUAUGUUUUUUAAAUAUAAAUGUAAAAUGUAAAAAAAAUAAUAAAUUAUUAUUAAUAAAAAAUAACAUUUUGUUUUCAUGGAUGAUGCUCCAAUUACAUUAAUUUGUUAAAAUAUGGGCUAGAUUACCCACAAACAUGAACAAAGUCAUCAAUAAACAUGCAAUACAAAUCCAUGUAAAAAAAAGUCAAACUAGAAAAA